AUGAAGUACUCCAUGGUUCUCCUUAUCGCUACCGGCCUGGUGUCGGGUCUCAGCAUCCCCCAGCUGGACGCCCACAAUGUCGCCGCCCCGGCCCCUCCCGCCGCUGCCCCGGCUCCUCCCGCCGCUGCCUCAGCCCUUCCCGCCGCUGCCUCAGCUUCUGCUUCCGCGACCGAGAGUGCCGCUCCUCCCGCCGCCAGCGGUGACGCCGCUGCUGAGGAUGCCAAGAAGAAGGCCGAGGAGGAUGCCGCCAAGAAGGCCGCGGACGACGCUGCCAAAGGUUGCAACAACAACAACAACCAAAAUGAUGAUGCCGCCAAGAAGGCCGCGCAAGAUGCUGCCAAGAAAGCUCAGGAGGCCAUGCAGCAGUACCAGCAGCAGCAGCAGGAUAACAACAAGAACAACACCGACAACAACAACAACAACAACAACAACGAUAAGAACAACGAUAAGAACAACGAUGACAAGAACAACGAUGACAAGAACAACGAUGAUAAGAACAACAAUGAUAAGAACAACGAUGAUAAGAACAACGAUGAUAAGAACAACGAUGAUAAGAACAACAAUGAUAAGAACAACAACAACAACAACAACAACCUGAACGACCUGAACAACAACAACGCCGUUCUGGAACAGAACAUCGAGCUCCUCCUCGCUGUCCUCGGUCUCCAAAACUUCGUCAACAACCAGAACCUUGGUCAGCUCCAGGCCCAGCAGCAGCUCCUCAUGCUCGCCCAGCUCCAGCAGCUUGCUCAGCUCGGUUCCGUUGGAUUGAUCAACCAGAACCAGGUCCUCGCUCUCGCGCAGGGGGGACUCAUGUUCAACGGCAUCAACGGCCUCAACGCCCAAAGCCUCUUUAACUUUCACUAA